CUUGCCUAACCAUCGCAGACGCCGAGUGCGACAGUUCACGCGGUAACGUAUAGAUCUUAGUGUUAAACAUGCGCGCGCACAGUAUACUCGCGUUGUGUGCUUUCAUCGUCACCGUACGAUCAGCAUUACGCACGGAUCGUCAGUUCUGGACGGACCUGGCACACAAUGAGUUAGAAGAAGCUCUAAAAGUAAAAUGGAACCUCAACCCUGCGAAGAACGUGAUCCUGUUCGUUGGAGACGGCAUGGGACCUAACACUGUGACCGCAGCCAGGAUAUACAAAGGUGGUGAAAGCCACAGGCUGGUGUAUGAGAAGUUCCCACACAUGGGACUUUUGAAGACAUACUCGGCCAAUAAGAUGGUGCCGGACUCAGCUUGCACGGCUACAGCCAUGUUCAGUGGAGUGAAGGUCAACCAGGAUACAGUAGGAGUGGACGCUUCCGUGCCACACAGGGAUUGUGAAGCCAGCCUGCAGUCCGAGGCUAGGCUUAAGUCCUUAGCAGCUUUAGCUUUAGAAGCUCAUAAGAGUGCAGGUUUUGUUACAACAAUGCGGGUGACGCACGGGACUCCCAGCCCUCUAUACGCGCACAGUGCGAGCCGCAGCUGGGAGUGCGAGGCCAGUCUGCCGGACAAUUCCAGCUGCAAGGACAUUGCUAGACAACUGGUCGAGGACUGGCCUGGCCGAGACCUACAAGUCAUAAUGGGAGGUGGCAGGCAACAAUUGGUGUCGAACGCAACAGGCACCGAACACGACCCUAUUAGCUUGAGCCCAUGGACCUGCUACCGGCAAGAUGGAAGGAACCUCAUCGAGCAGUACAAGACGGAUAAGAGCACGCGAGGACUUAAGCACAGCGUGAUCAUGAACAAUAAGGAACUAGCAGAACUAGAUGUUAGUAACACGGACUAUUUACUUGGAAUAUUCUCGAACGAGCACUUGAGCUACGAGCACGAAAGAAACAAGGGGCCCGAAGGAAUGCCCUCACUAUCAGAGAUGGUAGGAGCUGCUAUUAAAGUUCUGCAGAAGAAUAAGAAUGGAUACUUCCUCAUGGUAGAAGGUGGCAACUUAGACAUGGCCCAUCACAGAGGCUGGGCCAAGAUAGCAGUGAACGAGGCUUUAGCCAUGGAAGAAGCUGUCCAGCUCGCAGCCGACAUGACUGAUGCGGAGGACACCCUGCUGAUAGUCACCAGCGAUCACACGCACUCACUGUCUAUUAAUGGCUACCCAGAUAGAGGGAGCAGUAUUUUUGGCAUCGCCCAACCUUCGAGCCACGAUAAAAUAAACUACACAACGUUAUCCUAUGCCACGGGAGGUCCAGGGUCGUUCCAGUACUACGUGCAUACUGACGCUAACGGCAGCCGUGUGAUGAGACGAGACCCUAGCGAGGAUGACACGGAGGACUACAAAUACACCCAGGUCGCUGGCAUUCAGCUCGUGGAGAAUUACCAUGGAGGCGGCGAUGUCACUGUCUAUGCUAGAGGUCCGUAUUCCCACUUAUUCCACAACGUCCACGAGCAGCACUACGUGUUCCACGCGAUAGCCCAUGCAGCUAAGCUUGGGGCCUAAUCCAGCUGCACGACACUGCGAGUCAACGUCUUCCAUCUGGCCAUCAUUACAGCCAUCAGUUUCUUAAUGUUGUAACGAAAGCGAAAUAGAUUCUAAGUUUUACUUUGAUUGCCAAAGUAAAGUUUUAGACCGCUUAAAUACAGUUCACACCAAUGUCUCGUGAUUUAAUUCAACUAUUUCAUCCCUGUGCCAAAUUUUAUGGCUAUAAACACGUGGUUUCUUUCGCAAUGUUUGUGCAUUUUACAGCAAAAAUGAUAUACUUCUUCUGUGAUAGUUUGUUAUUAUAAUAAUUAUGCAACUGCAGCCAAAUAUAUAAAGAUACAAUAUUUCACCAUUUACUUUAU